AUGGUGUCUAAAACUAUCUUUGGAUUAUUGGCAUUGGCCACCGCUUCUGUGGCUAAUGCUGCUUACACUUUCACUGUCCCCAUCCAGUAUCAAAGCGAAAUUGUCGUUUCUUCCUACUUUAGAAACGGUAAUGACAAAGUAUCCGUGACCGCUAGUAAUGACGGUUUGCAAAUUACUGUUGAUGCGGACACUAGCCAGGUCUGUAACAUUUUGGAGUCAGGUAUGGUUGUCUAUGCUGUUGAUGGCGCUACCGCGAACACCUUGUUGUCGUGGAAUCAAUACGACGUUUUCCACUUGGUUGAUGGCAACGGAAACAAUGUGCAAUGGACCUCCACCAAUGCGCAGACUUGCCCAGUGGCUGGUAGCUCCGUUGCAGGUGGCUCCUCUGUGACCGGCUCUUUUAGCGCUACUGCAUCUCAAGGCGGUUUUUCAGUUAGUGGCUCAUCUCAAGGUGGUUUUUCAGUUAGUGGCUCAUCUCAAGGAACCGUUUCUACUGCCUCUUCUCAAGCAGGCUCGGCAAUAAUCAAAUCUUCGGGUGCCUCUUCCGCUGUCAGUUCCUCUCAGCUAACUGGUGCCGCAUCCCUCACUCAGCUUAUCACAUCUUCCUCGUUUCCUUUGGCUCCUUCUACUACCAUGUCUGUUACCACCAAGACAAUCAACGGAGUUGUCUCUGAGUACACUACCUAUUGCCCAUUCACCACCGCUGGUAAGAUGGAAUCUGUUGUGACUUAUGCUAACGUGUUCACUACUACCAUCAGCGGCAAAGAGUCUGUCUACACUACUUUCUUCCCGGUUUCGACCCAAUUGAAAGCCUCCGCCACUGCUACUGGUAUCAAGGCUACUGCAGCACCAGCACUGACGACAGUGACCACGACGAUCAACGGCAUCGAGACUGUGUACACUACCACAUGUCCUUUGUCCAAGGGUUCGUAUGUCACCAGCGCUGAAGGUUCAACCAGUGUGAUUACCACCACCAUCAACGGAAAGGAGACUGUUUUCACCUCAGUCUUCCCAGUGGCAACUAUCACAGGCUCGAAGUCAAGUACUACUUCUGUCGUCACUACCACCGUUAACGGCCAAGAGACUAUCUACACCACUGUUUGCCCAGUGGGAGCUGCUUCUGGUUCUCAACUAGUUCCAAGUACUACCUCCGUCGUUACCACCACUGUCAACGGUCAGCAGUCCAUUUACACCACUGUCUGCCCAAUCCAGACUUCCGCAGUCGGAAAGACCACGGUUGUUGUAACCACUUCCGAAAACGGUUCGAAGACUGUUUACACUAGCGUUUAUCUGGUCACCUCGAAGGGUCAAGCUGCCCAGCAGACCUCCGCUGUCGCCAUCACCUCAAACAGUCAAAAGGCUGUCUACAGCAGUGUGGUUCCAGCCAACUCCGUUGCUACUGGGCAGGUUACUACCGUGAUCACCACCACUCAAAACGGUUCCAAGACAGCUUACACCACCACUGCACAAGCUACAGCUGGUGCUGGCUCGUCUAUCGCUGUGCAGUCCUCUGGCCACUCAUCUUCGCUAACCGCCUUGAUCAGCACCUACCAAGGUGCCGCUGCUGCAGCCUCGAGUCCAAUGCUGACAAUCUUGGCUCUGAUUGCUGGUUCCGUCUUCUUGGCUUAA